AUGGCUAUCCCACAGAGCUGCACUGUUUUAAUCGUUGGAGGGGGGCCAGCUGGUUCCUACGCGGCAGCAGUCUUGGCUCGUGAGGGAAUUGAUACUGUGGUCCUUGAGGCAGAUAAGUUUCCAAGGUAUCACGUAGGGGAAAGCACGAUUCCAUCGCUACAUUACCUCUUUAAAUUUAUCGAUUUCCAUGAGACCUUCAGCUCUUAUGGAUUUAACCAGAAGAAUGGAGCGUAUAUUAAACUCGCAAAAAAUCAGCCUGUAACUAGUAACGACUUCCGUGCAUUACAGGGACCCAAUGGAUUUGCCUGGAACCUUAUUCGAUCUGAAUUCGACGACUUAGUAUUCAGAUACGCUGGCACCUGCGGAGCCCGUAUUUUCGAAGAAACCAAAGUUGAAAAUAUUGAGUUUGAGCCAUGUUCUAUUCAAACGGUUCCGGGUUCAAAAGAAGAUUCAAGCGGGCUAUUCCACGCUAGAAAGCCGGUGUCCGCUAACUGGGUCCGCAAAAUUGAUGGAACCUCCGGUUCUAUUACCUUCAAGUAUCUCAUCGAUGCGAGUGGGAGACAGGGCGUACUAAGUACCAAGUACCUGAAGAAUAGAAAAUUCAAUGAAAAUUUAAAAAAUGUGGCCAGUUGGGCAUACUGGAAGUCAGACAAUGUAUAUGCUGCUGGGACUCCAACAGAGGGGGCACCAUAUUUUGAAGCGCUAGAAGAUUGUAGCGGAUGGGCAUGGUAUAUUCCAUUGCACAAUGGCACACGCUCUGUGGGAAUUGUUCAGGACCAAAAGUUGAUGGCCAAAAAGAAAGCAAGUCUCGGUCGCCCUUCAACGCUAGAAUUCUAUAACGAAUGUAUAAAAAUGGCACCGACGAUAAAGGACCUUCUCAAGGGUGCAGAAUUUAUCAAUAAUAUUCAAUCAGCUUCAGAUUGGUCUUAUACUGCAUCAACCUACCAUAUACCAAAUGCUCGGAUUUGUGGAGAUGCUGGAGCUUUUAUUGAUCCCCUAUUUUCGUCAGGGGUCCAUCUUGCUAUGAACGGUGGCUUGUCAGCUGCAGCUACUAUUUGCGCAUCCAUCCGAGGACAUUGUGAUGAGGCGACGGCAGGGUCAUGGCAUUCGAAAAGGACGGUUGAAAGCUAUACCAGAUUCUUCUUGGUGGUUAGUAGUGUUACGAGACAAAUGCGCCAACAAAAUGAGCCAAUCCUUCGUGAUAACGACGAGGAAGGCUUCGAAAGAGGCUUUCAAAUUUUCAGGCCAAUCAUCCUAGGCGCAGUCGACAAUAAUAUAGGCAACAAACAUUCUAAAGUUGGGAUUGCAAAAGCCCUCGAAUUCUGCUUUGAAGCCUUUACCCGUGUUACGUCGGAAACAAAAGAUAGUACCCCCCAAGAUCCAAAAACCCUCGGGUUUUCUUCGGGCAAUAACACUAUUACUUCGCAUAGAAACCUCGAGGGUCUGAGACAAAAUCUUACGCCUAACCAGAUAGAGAUUUUGGAAACCCUGACGAGUAGACGUAUGAUCCGGGACGACCGUUUUGAAAUAGAUAGCCAUACGUUUGAUACUAUCGACGGGUAUUUGCUCAAUGCGGUUAGAGGAAAGUUGGGGCUCGUUAAGGCUGAGCAGGUGAAGGUUAACAUUUAA